AUGUCGUCAAAGAACCCAGGAGCAGGCCACGAGAGCGCACCCGUCGAGGUGUCAUGGCUCAAACGUGAUGUCCUCCUCUUCGCCGCAACCAUCGGCGCAACAGCAGAGGAACUCCACUACCUCUACGAACUCCACCCCAACUUCGCCGUCUUCCCAACCUACGCCGCCAUCCUCCCCUUCAAAAACACCCAACAAGAAGUCGUCGACUUCUACGCGGCCCAACACGCCUCGCGCCCCUCCAUCCCCGGCGUCCCCCAACUAGACUCCAAACGCGUCCUCGACGGCGAACGCAAGAUGUUCUUCCACAAGCCGCUCCCCGUCACCUCCGCCGGCCGCAAGUUCGAGUCCCGCAGCAGGGUCGUGGGCGUCUACGACAAGGGCAAGCCUGGCACGGUCCUUGAGACGCAGAUUGAUAUUGUGGACAAGGAGAGUGGGGAGGUGUAUGUGAGUGUGAUUGGGAGUGCGUUCUUCGUCGGACAGGGCAAUUGGGGAGGGCCGAAGGGCCCUAAGACGGAGAAUUUCCCCCCGCCCGAGGGGAAGAAGCCGACUGCUGUGCAUGAGAAUCCGACGAGUGCGGAGACUCCUAUCCUAUACCGCCUGAAUGGCGAUUACAACCCUCUGCACAUUGACCCUAAGCCGGGCAAGGCGAUGGGGUUUGGGGGCGUUAUCACUCACGGUCUCCAUGCGUGGAACUCCACAGCUCAUGCUCUGGUCAAGAUGCUUGGCAACAACGAGCCUGGAAGCAUCAAGGAGUACGCGGCACGAUUCGCAUCGCCGGUCAAGCCGGGUGAUGUGCUGGUGACGGAGAUUUGGGCGCUUGGCGACAAGGACGGUGAGGGCUGGGAGAAUGUCAGGUUCCAGACGAAGGUGAAGUCGAGUGGGAAGGUUUGCCUGAGCAAUGGAAGGGCGAGGAUGAAGGUUAGCAAGGAGGCUGUUAGCAAGUUGUAG